AAUGUCUUCAUGUCUCGUCUCUGCAGAAGAUGACUAAGGAGCAGCUGUCCUGUGAGAAGACGGUGCUUCAGAAGAACCUGCUGCACUACGAGGGGCUGCACGGCCGACCUGUGACCAGAGAGGAGCGCAUGGUGGUGAAGCCUCUCUACGACCGCUACAGAUUAGUCAAGCAGAUGCUCACCAGAGUCAGCAUCACACCCAUCACAGUGUCCCCCUCCAGUAAGAGGCGCACUCAGACCCUGCAGCCCAUCAUCGAGGGGGAGACCGCUCACUUCUGGGAGGAGAUCAAAGAGGAGGAGGAGGACGAGCGGAAGGAAAAAGAGGAAGGAGGGGGAGAAAAGGUGGAGAGGGAGGAGGAGGAGGAGGAAGACGAGGAGGACGAGGAAGAGGAGGGGGAGAGCAGUGGGGGGGAGAUGCAGAGCUCCGAGGUCAUCAUGGCCGUGGACCUGGUGACCUCUUCUGAAGGGUCGAAGACGAGGAGCCACACCCCCCCCGACCCCUCCCUCAGGGGGAAGAUGGAGGAGGGGUCCGGGAAGCUGGCCCUCGACCUGCGGCUUUCCAGCUCCAACGCCUCGUCCAUGUGA